CCGAACCGACAGGGGCCUGCUGGUUCGGGAGUACUGCGGUUAACUGAUGCCCGGGCUAUGAGGUGGCAGUGUAUUCCUCCCAUUACAGGCAGCUGCCUUUCCAUCAAGCUGGAAGACAAGCAGUUUUGCGUAGUAGUUCUUCUGACAUCACGAGCCAUGCAUCCAUCUGUCUAUCUUAGCUUUUGACCUUUCUUGGACUGCUGUGGCCCAUGCCUGUGCAGAAUGGACCCUGUUGUUCUGAGUUAUGUGGACAGUUUGCUGAGGCAGUCGGAUGUUUCCUUGCUGGAUCCCCCCAGCUGGCUUAAUGACCGCAUCAUUGGGUUUGCUUUUGAGUACUUUGCUAGUGACCAGUUCCAAGACUUUUCCGAACAAGUAUGCUUUGUCAGCCCUGAAGUGGCUCAGUUCAUCAAGUGUGCCACCAGCCAGGAGGAAGUAGCCAUGUUCCUGAAGCCGCUGGGCCUCCCGCACAAGGAGGUUGUGUUCCUGGCCAUCAAUGAUAACUCCAACCAGGCUGCUGGGGGCACCCAUUGGAGCCUUUUGGUUUACUUCCGGGACAAAAACUGCUUUGCCCAUUAUGACUCCCACAGUAAGAGCAAUUCUGCCCACGCCAAGCUGGUGGCAGGGAAACUGGAGGCAUUUCUGGGAAAAAGAGGCGGCAAAAUGGCCUUCAUAGAGGAGAAGGCCCCUGCCCAGCAGAACAGCUAUGACUGCGGAAUGUAUGUGAUCUGUAACACAGAGGCUCUGUGUCAGGGAUACUUUAGGGGACAGCAGGAGCCAGUACUGCAGCUCCUCACUCCUCCUUAUAUCACACGGAAGAGGGCAGAAUGGAAAUCUCUCAUUGCCAGACUUGCACUCAAAUAAAUGUAAUUGUCCCUCCUUCCAACAGCUACCUUUCCAGUCCUCUAGUCUCCACCCCCAGUGCCUGAGGGAGAUAUAGUAGAGAAUUUCUCCACAGAAAGAAUGUAACCCCUCCAGCAUGGCUACACCCUGCACUACCCCAGCGGAAAAGCCUUAGUGCUCUACAACCCACUAGCCUUCUGACUUAAGUACUGGUAACAUCACUUUUUGCAUUCAGCAGAAACUUCUUAAAGGCAGUUUUAUUACUUCAAGCACUUUUCUGGCUAUCUCACACUAGGUUGCUGAAGAUUCCUCUCACCUCUGCAGUAAGCAAUGUCAUUUUUAAUUUUCUAUGGACAUUGCUAGUCUAAAUCUAAUCUGGUUCAGUGAUGUCCAUCAUACAUACGUGUCCUUUUAAAAUUAGGCCCUCUCUGAUUUGUCCCUGCCUUUAAUUGUGGUUCCAAAUUAUAGGAUUUUGGGCAGAGUUGUGCAGCUAGACUGCUAAAAUUUGGUUUUGGGAUAUCUAUAUCUUGUGAUCUGAGAGUGCAAAAUCAAAAGUAAAGGUGAGGAACAUUUAAAGGUGCCUCAAAAGGUAAGAAGAAGAAAAGUGAUUUUUGCUCUCUUGCUGCUUUAAGGAUGUCUAACAAAGGCCUGAAUUUUUCUUUUCUUUCCUUUUUUUUAUUGGAAAUACACAUUUUUUUUUUUAUCCUGGAUGAUUGAACCACUUGAGAACUAGUAGAAGAGUGACAAAACAAGAACUAAGAAAGUGAAACCUGAUUGAGGUGGAAGGUGUUUUAAACAGUGAAUAAAGGUUAUUUUCAACAACACA